GUGUCACACUGUGCAGCGUCACCUCUUGGGAAUCACGUCAUGCCCAAUGUACAAAGUUGGGCAUAGAGCAUGUGCGCACAAAAUUGGCGAAUAGGGGCCGGAUAUGACUAACAAAACCACAACAAUGUCAAAGGCCCCACUGAAAGAAUCAUUCCCGACAGCGGACAGGUAGUUUCCCAGUUUGUAGUUUGUAGUUUUGUAGUUUGUAAUAGUUUUGAGCAGUAGUUUCCCAAUUCGGGGCGUAUAUUAUGAAUGCGAGCGAUGGACGGAUGGAUUCGAAUAGGCGUAAGAGUAAAUUCACGGUCUUGAUAGUCGCAUGAAUGCCCCAGCUAGACGAUUCCAAGAUAAUCCGCCGGCAGAGCUCAACUCUGCACAGGUUGCCUGCCAAAGUUUUGUGGGAGUGAAUCGUGGCCGGUAUGUGACAGGGGACUCGCAUGAGCCGGCGCAGGCGAGCCCCUCCCGCUGGGCGCCGGGGCUCGCGCCCUCACCGUGCCGUCCCCCAGGCAGGUGGUGGCCCGGCUCAAGGAGAAUCGCAAGGUGGCAGCGGCGGCGCACAACAUGUGGGCGUACCGGAUAGGGGGCGCGACCAGCGGCGCCUUCCAGCAGGACUGCGACGACGACGGCGAGACGCACGCCGGCGCGCGCAUGCUCCACCUGCUGGAGAUUCUGGCCGUGCGGGACGUGGUGGUGGUGGUCAGCCGGUGGUUCGGCGGCAUCCUGCUGGGCCCCGACCGGUUCCGGCACAUCAACAACGCCACUCGGGGCGUUCUGUUGCUGAGCGGCGUCCUCCGCCCGCCCGAAGACAAGAAGAAGCACUAGCCUGACACUUGGCGGUCGCUGGCGGAACCAGCUCGUGCGGCCCCGCGCCCGACGAUGCCGGCUGGGCUGGUUGUGAUGUGGUGAUUGUUCGUUUACCGGUGGGCUGCGUAUACCGGUGUACUACGUCUUCCGCAUUACGUGCAAUGCGACAGUUUUACUGAUGUACUGUUACAUGACAGGGUAGCUGAUGGCAUGGCUGCGGUCAGGCUUUGAUAUCUUUUUACCUCGCACGAUUUGAAUCAUUUUGUUUAUCGGAAAGGAGGAGAAUAUAGUGGGGACGAUUGCA